GCGUGUCGUCGCGAGUGCGUGGUUGGGGCCGCGCGUAACACACGCGCGCGAGUAUAACAGAAAUGAUCGCGACGGUCUGAGGGCGAACGGACGAGUAGGUACAUGUGCGUGCACUGGUGUCGUUCCGCAUUCUCUAUGCGCCUAGACAACGACGACGACGACAACGACGAGGACGAGGACGACGACGAGGAGAAGAUAGUCGGCGGACGCGGGUGGAGGCAUCAACGGAGGCGGCGAGAUUGCCUGGCGAGGGAGAAAGCACAGAGCGGCCGGGUCGAUCGACGGGGUCUGUGACUGGAACGGUGGCGGCGGAUGAUCGUGGAGAAGAAGGAAGGCGGCGGAGGCGGCGCACGAGGACGACGGACGACGACGCCGUUGGCACGCACGGGUUCAUGACACGGCCCCGCCGCGAGGAGGACUCGCAGCAGAGCGACGCGCAGUGACGUUUCCGCGCGGAGCAUCGACGGCGCGCCUGCCCGUCUCCUCAUCGCGUCGCGGUAUUUAAUACCUGCCUACCUAUCUACCUGCCUACCUACCGCCGUGAAUAUUCAUCAGGAGCACACACACCGCGCGCGCGCGCGCGCGCGCGAUCGAGCGCGAGCGCGCAUGAUAACAAGCGGCGUCCCGGAGAAGGGGCAGAUAGAUAGAUUCGAAGGAUAGAAGCAGGAAGGAAGGAAGGAAGGAGGAAAGCGGGACGGCUAUUGCCCUUGUCUUCUCUCUCUCUCUCUCUCUGUUCGUUUCGUCAUCUCUAAUUUUCUCUCCCCGCGUGUUCCUCUCUCUCUCUCUCUCUGUUUUGCAUUUAUCUGUUGCCGCUUCGCGCCACUGGUGUUUAGUCUCUCCGUACGUACACACGCGCACGUUAUACACGCACGCACACAAUAUUAUAAUAUUUAUUUCCCCGUGGCGGCGAUCGGACCCCCGCGUUUUUAUCUCUCCGAGCCCGACCGUAUGUGCAGUAGACGGCCGCGUGUUGUGUCACUUUAGUGUGCAUGAUUAUACGUGCGCGCGCGCGAGAGAACCCGCGAUUAAAGGUCGAUGACGAUGCAACGGGUUCAAGAUCAAGACAAUGGGAUCAACAUCAAGUUCGGCCCGGGAAAAUCCGCCCGGAGGGGCGAUUACAGGCUGGUGUCGCAGAGCCCCGACGACAACAAAGACCGCCACAAUGGGACCAACAUACCAGAGAAAAACGAGAAGACGGAAGAGGAAUUAGUCCCACCGGACGGUGGCUGGGGAUGGCUGGUACUCCUGGCCGCCGUCAUGGUCAACCUUCUCAUCCCCGGCACCAUCAAGUCCUUCGGGGUAUUGUUCGUCGAAUUCCUCGAUGUAUUUGACGCGUCACCGGCCGCAGCUGCAUGGAUACCGUCGCUUUGUUACUUCCUGUACAGUUCGCUGGGCCCACUUUCUAGUGUACUUUCGGUCAAGUAUUCCUAUCGCACGGUAACUUUAAUAGGGGGAACAUUCGCCGCGGCCGGGAUGAUGCUGAGUUAUUUCGCGAGCUCUGUGGCCUUUCUAUGCGUUAGUUAUGGUGUACUCGUAGGUACGGGUGCUGGAUUAGCAUUUCCUCCGACUGUAUAUAUCGUGACAUCUUAUUUUGUACGGCUACGAGGACUCGCCAACGGGCUCUGCAUAUCCGGCAGUGCGCUAGGUUCAAUAUUUCUUCCGCCUGUUCUGGGCUUUCUUCUACGAGAGUAUGGUUACAGAGGCGCAGUGUUGGUAAUGGGUGCUGUCACGCUAAACGUCUGGGCGAGCGCGCUCCUGUACCACCCGGUAGAAUGGCACCUGGUGCCGGCUCGGCCUCCGGACGAUAGCGACGCGCACGAUAAUGGGGAGACCAUGUCGGUGACUGUCACCAGCACCCCUGAGCAAGCGACGGACAACAAGGGCAACAGCCAGCUGGCGUCACUGAGUAAUUCGACGAACGAAAAGGCCGCGCCGAUCGUGCCGAAGAGCGCGUCGAGCGUCGCCUUGGAAUAUUACAAGAACACGCCGGUGCAGGGUCGCACGCGAAAGAUCAGCAUGCCCACGGGACGUGAGAUCAGCGGUCAGAUGCACAGCACGCCGACGUUGCACGCCGUGCCGGAGCGCGGCGGUGCCAUGGUCGAGUCCGGCAAGUAUCCGAGAGCGGCGAGGUCACCGCUGCACUCGCCCAGCACGUCGUCUUUCAACUACGUCAGCACGCCGUACCACGGCAGCACGCUGUCGGUUCUGCACGCGGAACGCGCGUCCACGUUGACGCUGAACGCCAUCUCCAGCACGUUCACGAGAAAGUCGACGACGAGGGAGAAGAAGAAGCAGCGCGUGCACGACGAGAAGGAUCAGCAGAACAAAUUCUUCGAUUUCAGCUUGCUCAAGGAUCCCAUCUACCUCGUCAUCCUCAUCUCCAACUCCACGAACGCCAUCAGCUACACCAAUUUCGUCAUCCUCCUGCCGGCCUACGCCAUUUCGCUGGGUUUCAACAAUUGGGACUCGUCGCUGUUGCUGUCGAUCGUCUCCAUGCUCGAUCUGGUAGGCCGUAUCGGCGGCUCCGCUCUCUCGGACAUCAGGAUCAUGCCCAAGCAUUGGUACUUCAUCGGCGGUCUGCUCGCCUCCGGCAUCUCUCUGGCCAUCCUGCCCACCUCCGACACGUACGUCAUACUGUCCGUUUACUGCGCCUUCUUCGGCCUCGCGUCCGGCAUCUACGUCGGCAUCACCGCCGUCAUUAUGGCCGAUAUGCUGGGCACGGAGAAGCUCACCUCGUCCUACGGCAUCUCGUUGUUCGUCAACGGUGUCAUCCAGUUGGUGGGUCCGCCGAUUUGCGGCAUAGUGUACGAGCAGAUCGGCAGCUACGGGCCAAUCUUCAGUAUACUUGGCAUCAUUCUGGUGUUCGGCGCGUCUCUCUGGAUCAUAGUGCCGUUCAUCCGAAAGAGGCAGGCAGCGUUGGAAAGCCCGCCAGUAUAGACAAAGUAUAAUAGACCAAAUAAACUAACAAUAAGUAAAGUAUAAAGACGUCUGUCUUCGUCGUUAGUUAUUUGGAAAUCGUAGUUCUUUUAUUUUAUUAUUUUCGAAAAUGAUUUUUUUAGGAUAAUCGUGUAUCGUAUGCAUAUACACGCAGGCUAGAAAACCAUCCCAAGAGAGUUUUCGAAUUUCAAAAUAUAUAAGAUUAUGAAGAAUAUUAAAAAAUAUAAAAAAAAAUAAAUAAAUCGUCGAAUGUGACUCGACAUUUGCGAGGGCACGCACGAGCUUAAUUUGUGCGGUUAUUUAAAAGUAGCCGUGCUAAACAGCGUAUAUUUAAGUGUAUGUGUGUAUGUGUGCGUGCAUGUGGCUGUAUAUUACAAUUAUAUAAUAUAAUUAUAUAAUAUUAAACUGUGAUGUUAGCACGAGUGUCGUGUAUCGAAGUUACAUUGACGAAGUUUUCCGGCCGAGCGAGUAACAGCGAAAGGAAACAUCGAAGUUUUCGCUUAGUCCGGCGACUUUACACACGGACCGUGUAUCUAUGAUGAUUAAUUGCCGAAUAAUUAUUGACUGUAAUAACCAUAACUGAUCAAAAUGCGGUAAAUGUGGGGAAAUCUUGUUAUAUAUUAAUCACUUUUUUGUUUAUUGUCUUGAAUUCCCGAUGCUUCUAUUGAUUAAUUUCUGUAAAACAUCUCGGAAACGAAAAACGUCUAUAUUGUCAUUACAUUUUUCAUUAACACAUUGAACGAUGAAAUUUACUGUCACAUUCAUUCGCAAUUUUGAUUAUUGUGUAUACAGAGUGAAGUAAUUCUAUCAUUUGGAAUUUGUUUUCUUAUGAUGUAAAAUGCAGUUUCAUAAUCUAAAAAAAAAAAAUCACAGCGUAAACUUGUUUAAUAGUUUAUCCAUUCAUCUUUUCAAAGCAGGUAAAGACGAUUUUAUUAAGUGAUAUCCAACAUUGUAUACCAUAAACAUUGUAUACGAUUUUAAAACGAAAAAUUGAGAAUAGCGCACAAAGAUUAACGAAAUGCAUUUAAAGUAGUACUUAUGAUGGUGAAGUGUAAAAAGUACUUAAAGUGAGCAAUACUUAAUACAAUAGAAAUGUAAAAUAUACAUUUUAUAAAUAAUUUUAAAGUUUUCUUGCAAUAUUUGAAAAUGGAUAGUGAUAAAAAAUAUCUGUUAUAUUAUUGAUUUUUGAAAAUCAUAUGAGAGACCAAAUAUUGAUUGAAUAUGUUUUAAGAUACAAAAAAAAGUUACGUCCAACGAAAAUGACUUCACUCUGUGCCAGUAACAGGUUCUAAUUUAAUUCACAUUUACCGCCAAAUAUGCGCCAUUAUAACGGCGAUGAGAUAUCGCACAAUGCAAUCUUACGCGUCGUAGUCCAUCUUUAUAAAACAGAUUAUUUAGAUAGAUAUUUCGAGAUAAGAAUUUUUGAGAAACACGUAAACGCGUCCUUCCUCGAAAGCGAAAAGAAAAUCUCUUGCCUUACAUCCGAAAAAAAAAAAAGAAAAUUGUUCUCUCUCUGAAAGUAAAAUUUUUUUCACCGGCACGAAGACUAUAAUCUAGUUUUAUUCGAGUACUUAGUGGGAGAAACAGCGGUCGUGACUGGUGCUAGUUGCAUCGGAACGAAAAUGUUGCAACGGCGUAAUUUAGCGAGUAUACCAAUGUCGUCUCUGAUAGGCCUAUGAUAAAGUAAACCGUCACGCACUGUAGAUAUAGUGUCUCCUAAAGACUCGACCGUAUGUAAAUGCUACUUUUAAUGCUAGAUUGAUCGAAAGUGGGUUCUACUUAUAAGGAGCCGUCAUCAUAGUCACUGGGGAGGAGAAUCACUUUCGAAUAGAGGCUGCCCUUUUUUUUUCUAAAUUGAGAAUAAGAUAAUCGAAAGGCUCCGCAAGAAGUACAAUACUUAUGGCCGUAUAAGCAGGUCAUGUCGAGGUGAAGUGUAGGUUCUACGCCUUUCUAGCGUUAUUACCGUCUUUCGGCGCACGAAAGAGAUUCGGAUCGACUCUUGUGUUCCAGGCUCUUUCAAAAUCCGCCGGAAAUAAUGCCUUAUGAGUAGAUCGUAAGUAGUUCGUAAGUGUGUAACAUAUAAAAAAAUAUAUUAUGUUUAUAUAACUCUAUACAAAUACACAGAAUUAAAAAAAAAA